UGCGAUGGCCAAGAAGAACAAGAAUCCUGGACGGGGACUGUAUUAUGGUGGUGCUUUUGAGCAGGCUGGUGAAUGCGAGGGCUCUGGUAGCUCUGGACGAAUUGAUGCCGAAAUUACUGCCUCUGAGGAUUCAAGUGCUCCAACAAGGAAAUGUAUUAGUUUGAAUUCUAGUAAAUGCGACAGUUUUGGCGUGCCCAUAGAAGUUCUCCCCCUGUCAAACAUGUUGUCCUCCGAAAGGAAAGAUUUGCUACAUAGGUUGAGAAUGGAACUUGAACAUAUCCGAAUACUUCAGAAGAAAGUUGAAAUGCACAGAACCAAUGGUGUUACUGUGUCCUCUUCUAGUGACAUCCUCAGCUGCAACAAUGGCCGGAAUGGGCCACAUAUUGAAAAUCUCCGUAAGUCAUCGGCAUUAACUGGGCAGGGGAAAAAACUGAAUCCUGUGGCUUCGAAAGCACAGGCAUGGAAUCCAGGCACUUCUGGGCGGGUUGAAUCAGUGAAUCAGGCUUCAGCACCUAGCACUGCUAGUGUGAUUCUUAUGAAACAAUGCGAGACACUAUUGAAACGGUUAAUGUCCCAUCAAUUUUCUUGGGUUUUCAAUACCCCUGUUGAUGUGGUGAAGUUGAAGAUUCCGGAUUAUUUCGCUGUCAUCAAGCAUCCAAUGGAUUUGGGUACAGUAAAGACCAAGAUAGCUUCAGGAUCUUAUUCAAGCCCAUUGGAGUUUGCUGCUGAUGUCAGGACUACCUUCACGAAUGCUAUGACCUACAAUCCACCAACAAAUGAUGUCUAUGUCAUGGCUGAUACUCUUAGUAAAUUUUUUGAAGUCAGGUGGAAAACCAUUGAGAAAAAACUGCCAAAGGCUGAUUGCCAACCACCACCAGCUAAAUCUGGUCCUCGUGAAGCGGUAGAAACACCUAAGCCAUUGCCCCCUGCGAAAAAGAGGAUGAUCACGUCGCUGCACCAUGAAGUCAAGUCUGAGCCUGCUAAGCAGGUAAUGACAAAGGAGGAGAAACAUAAUCUGAGCAGAGAUUUGGAGUCUUUGCAUGGAGAAAUACCUUUACUCAUCAUUGAUUUCUUGAGGGAACAUUGUUCAAAUGGAAAUGACUCUGAGGAGGAUGAGAUUGAGAUUGAUGUUGAUGAUCUAAGUGAUGAUACCUUGUUCACAUUGCGGAAGCUUUUAAAUGAGCAUUUGCAAGAGAAACAAAAGAACCAUGUGAGGGCUGAACCUUGUUCAAUAGAGCUUUUGAACGAAUCAGGUUUGAGCAAUUCAUCCAUGCAGCCAUGCAAAGGGAAUGACCCAGCCGAUGAGGAUGUUGAUAUUGGUGGAAAUGAGCCUCCU